AUGUUUAGCCUAUUUAAGAUAAAACAACAAACUAUUUUGGACAAUAUAAGCGGCGGUAUUGUUAUGAAUACAAUGACAGCAUUGAUGGGACCGUCGGGUGCGGGAAAGACAACGCUAUUAAAGUGUUUAAACGGUCAGAAUGUAAAUGGUUUAAGUGAAAACUCAAAGAUCUAUGUAAAUUCAAAAGAACUAAGACCUUGUUUCAUCCAAUCGGAUGUUUGUGAACACUUGUUAUCGGGACUGACUGUAAGACAAACCCUAUUAUACGCGUCGAGACUUAAGAACUCAAGAAUUAUGGAUCAAUUAAAUGACACUAAAAUAAUGGAGGAACUGAUGUCAGAUCUGAUGAUCAGCGAUACGGCAGACAAUAGGGUCGAGACGUGUAGUGGAGGCGAACAAAAACGUAUAGUAAUUGCCUGUGAAUUGACUUCUCAUAUAAAGCCUAAUAUGUUAUGCAUUGACGAACCGACGAGUGGUCUCGACAGCAAUGCCGCAGAAGUGGUAAUAAACUGUUUAAAAGCGUUGUCCCGAAGACAUGAGAUGACAAUCAUUGCAUCCAUACAUCAACCAAACAAUGAUUUGUUUAAUAUGUUUGACAACAUCUAUGUGUUGGCCAAAGGAGGUGUUUGUCUGUAUUCAGGAGUUCCCCAACAUUUGAGACAACAUCUCAAUGAUUGUCACAUUGAAUGCAAUGAAAAUCAAGUGCCGAUUGAAGUGUUGCUAAAAUUUGCCUCAAAUGAGAAAAAUGAUAUUCCCGACGGCUGUCGUGAACUCAUAUUUGACAUUCACUACAAUCAAACACUGGAAGACAUAUACAAAGAAUCUCUCAUUAAAGAAAAUAUUAAAUUUAAUGUAUCUUUACUUCUUUCGGUGGCAUUCGUUGUAUUACUCGUAAUGUCUGCCACUUUUGGCACAGACUUUAAGGUUGGUUUAGUACCGGCGCCUACCUCUGGACCCGAACAAUAGUAGAUGUCAUACCUAUACUAAUAGCUCUACCAAUUUAUUGCUGGAUUAUUAAUCUCUAUAAAACUACCGCUUUCUAUGUGUUUUCAUUUGCAUUGAAUUUACUAAUUAUUUUAUGCACGC